AUGUCCAAGAGUUUGGGAUCUGUUGCAAAUCUCAAACAUGAAAAGGAAUUUCUUGCCAUGGACGGGGGAAUAAAUGGUUCUUUGGGAAAUUCAUCAGCAGAUGUGGCGGCACCAAGAAGCAAGUUAAGCUGCAACUUCAGCGGCGAGCGCAUGGACAUCUGCGCCAUGGAAGGCGACGUCCGUAUGCACGGCAAAUCCGCCACCGUCUACGUGGUGGCAGCCUCUGACGACAGCUACCGGCCGGAGAACGGGACGGUAACGACGAUCCGCCCGUACCCGCGCAAGUGGGAGAUACCGACAAUGGAGAUGAUCCGGGAGCUGACCAUCCACUCGGGCGACACGGACACCGUGCCAGUCCCGCCACGGUGCACGGUGACGCACGACGUCCCCGCGGUGGUCUUCUCCACCGGUGGCUACAGCAGGAACUUCUACCACUCCAUGACCGACAUCGUCAUACCCCUCUACAACACGGCGCGGGAGUACGACGGCCGCGUCCAGCUCGUCGCCACCGACUACAGCCGCGAGUGGGUCUCCAAGUACCGCCACGUCCUCGCCGCGCUCUCCGUCUACCCGGUCAUCGACUUCGAUGCCGACGACGCAGUGCGCUGCUUCCCGUCGGCGCAUAUCGGCAUCGAGAGCCACGAGGAGCUAGGGAUCAACCCGGCCCUGUCUCGCAAUGGGUACACGAUGCUGGACUUCCGAGACUUCCUCCGGUCGGCCUAUUCGCUGAAGCGCUCGCGGAUGACCCCCGCGAGCCGGAGCUCCGAUCAGAGGCCCCGCCUCGUGAUUAUGCUGCGGCGGCACUCGAGGGCGAUCACCAACGAGGCGGAGGCCAUCGCGGCCGCACGCGAGGCUGGGUUCGAGGUAGUGGCCGCCGGGCCGGAGGCAGUCCGUGACAUGGGCCAGUUCGCGGAAGUGGUGAACUCGUGCGACGUGAUGGUAGGCGUCCACGGCGCUGGGCUCGCCAACAUGUUGUUCCUCCCGCACAACGGCACCGUGGUGCAGAUCAUCCCGUGGGGCGAGAUGAAGUGGCCGUGCUGGCACGAGUUCGGCCGUCCGGUGCCGGACAUGGGGCUCCAGUACGCCGAGUACGAGGCUACGGCCGAGGAGACGACGCUCAAGGAGGUCUACCCGAGGGACCACGCCGUCUUCACCGACCCUUUGUCCAUACACAAACAGGGAUUCGGCAUGGUCUGGUCCAUCUUCCUCAACGGGCAGAACGUCACCCUUGACGUCGAUCGCUUUAGAGAGCUCAUGCAGCAAAUCUACCAGUCUGUCACCAUCACAUAG